AUGGCUGAAGUCAACCCAUCAACAACCGCAACAACAUACCCCCUCCCCCGCGUAGCCAUCCAGUUCUGCACCCAGUGUAAGUGGAUGCUUCGCGCAGCAUAUUUCGCCCAGGAGCUCCUCUCAACAUUCUCAACCUCGCUCGGCGAAGUGGCCCUCCAACCCUCAACAGGCGGCACCUUCACGGUAACCCUAACCCACCAACCCCCGGGCGCCGCGACGACCUCCUCCACGAUCCUCUGGGACCGCAAGACGGAAGGCGGAUUCCCCGAGACCAAGGAGCUCAAGCGCCGCCUGCGCGACGUCAUCGAGCCCGACAGGGACCUCGGACACGUCGACCGGAAGCACAGCAAAGCUCCUGCCGCGGAGCCUUCUUCUGCAACGAUGGGCAAAGACCAGGAGAACGGCAGCAGCAGCCUGCCCUCCGCCGCGGACGUGAUUCCGCACCUCAAGAAGCACCCCGCAAACGCGAACAAGACCGCAGACACCGCAGACAAAGGCGACAACAGCUCCUUCGAUGACGCGGCGAAGGCCGCCAUCGCCGCCGCGGGCGCGAACAAGGGACAGCAGGCCAAGGCAGAGGUCUCGCCCCCGGGCAAGCUACAGCUGCAGAAGAAACAGGACGAUGCGAAGGAAGCCUGCGAAGACUGUGCCUGA